AAGUCCACCGCACCCACUGGAAGCUGAAGGUUGCCUGGGAAGCUGGAGCAUCCCCAGUUUUUUGUCACCAGUGAACAAAAACACGCACAACCACAGCCUUUGGUGGCCCUGCUGAAAAGACAUGGGAUCCGGGGGGGGAGAGAGUGGCCAUUUAUCGAGGAGUUAGCCGACCCUGUUCUUAAUUUGAUUUAUUUUUUAAUUCAUCAGCCCAUGAAACAACACCAUGGCUAAGCAGUACGAUGUGCUCUUCCGACUCCUGCUCCUCGGGGACUCGGGGGUUGGGAAAACAUGUUUGUUAUGCAGAUUCACGGACAACGAAUUUCAUCCCUCUCACAUCUCCACCAUCGGAGUGGACUUCAAAAUGAAGACACUAGUAAUAGAUGGUAUCAAAGUUCGAAUACAGAUAUGGGAUACAGCAGGCCAGGAAAGGUACCAGACCAUUACCAAGCAGUACUACAGACGAGCACAGGGAAUCUUUUUGGUGUAUGAUAUCACGAGCGAGCGAUCUUUCCAGCACAUCAUGAAGUGGGCCAGUGAUGUAGAUGAGUACGCUCCAGAAAAGGUCCAGAAGAUUCUCGUUGGGAACAAGUCAGACGAUGUGGAGAAGAGGCAGGUGGCCACAGAGCAAGGUGUCAAGCUGGCCAAGGCCUAUGGAAUGGACUUCUAUGAGACAAGUGCCUUCACUAACAACAACAUAACAGAGACUUUUACACGACUGGCUGAGCAGGUGCUGGCAGCCAACAAGAAGGACCUGGAUCUACUCCGGAUAUCCCUCAAUGACGAGCUGAAUCUUACUGCUCUGGAGGAAGAGGAGGGACUGUGCGACAGUGCAGGUGGCGAACAGCACAAAGCCUGCUGGUGUUAAGGAAUGGUGUAAACUGUAUAUGACCACCUGUCUGCAAACACUCUUGGAAAAAUCUGCUUGAAUUUGGUUUUAGUCUGAAAUAAAACAGACCAACUUUAAAUCAGAUUUGGAGGAUCACAAAAUGGAUAAAUUUUUCAAGGAUAUAUAUAGAGAAACAUUUUUGCCUUAAUGCACUAGGUGCAUAACUAAGAGUUUUCUGUAAAGUUCAGGGUCACUUUAACCAAAUGCAAUCCCCAUCCACCAAUUUGGCUCAAAAGCUUCCAGGACAGGUGCAAAUGUAGAUUUAAUCAUCUUUUUUUCUGUUUUCAUAGUAUGUUCAUUUUUAGAUGGUGGCGUGUGACUAAUUGGAAUUAUUUCACCACAUUAGUUUUCACAUUCAUUUCAAAGCUUUGUCUCUGAUAUCAAUCAUGGGGCUGGCUACCACACAAAAAUGCUGCAAAUGGAUUAGUUGCAUCCAUUCUCUGAUAAUGUUGUGUGAGAAGUUACCACAAGAUGGUGCUAGGUGACUUGGAAAAGCAGCAAACACUGGAGAUAAUGUAUGUUCAAUGGUCUGACAUGAUCAAGGGCUUUUCUUUUGAAGUUCCUCCAUUGUGUUUGUUUUUAAUUACACCUCCAGAAGCUACCUUUAAUGGACAUAAAAAAAUAAUAAUAUAUGCAGCCAUUUCUUAAUUUCCUUGCUUUGUUUUCUUGUAAAAACCCUGUUGACUUCUUGUAGGUCAGAUCUACCUUCUUAAGGUGUUUGAUAAGAGUUGAGAGCAAAAUUACAAAACUUCUAUUUCCCUGUAGCAAAACAAUGUAUUUUUCUAUGUUCUCAGUCUGUUUUAGCAUGAAAUAUGCUGCACUCAAAACAGCUUGACAGCCUCUCUUUGCAUUUUACUUAGCAGAUGUUUUAAAAAUAUAACUGAUAUGUCAUUCAUGAACUUUACAACUAUACUGUUCGGAACAAACAGUCCUCAGAAAAAAAACACAGAUUCUUUAAAAUAUUUACGUUGUUGAGAAAAGUUCUUGAUUUUUGUGUCUUUGUACAGAUUUUAGCAGCAAUUUUCUCUUUUCCCAUUUCAGAAGGAACAAGUGAAGGUUUUCCAUGCAGGUCAAUUUUCUUUCAUUUUUUACUGCAACUUCAGUGAAGUUAAUCAUCAAUUCAGCAUAACAGAAACAGAGCACUUGACCAGAGUUGCCUCUUGGAAGGUUACACAGAGUAUUUCUCAUGUAAGAGAGCUUGGCUGACUACAUUUUUGCAACUUAGAAUUCCUAAAUGCUACUUAAAACAAGUGUUAAUGUGUGCCAUAUGUGAUAUGAUAGUUCUGAUAGUACGUGGUACUGAGUGAUGUAAGUUGUAGAUACACAAUGUAUUAUCGGGUUGUUUUUCAGGAACAUUUUGUUUCUUGUGCACUACAUAAAUGGUAAUUGUGGAACUAUGUUAAAUGCAAACAUGUAAAAUGCAAGUUGUUAUUCUUAGAAAAAAUAUGCCAAACAUGUAUGAGUAAAUAUUUGAAGACUUGUG